UUUGCUUAGAGUUUAUUUGGUUUUGUUGUGUUUCCUCAUUUUGAGAAAACAUUACAAAAUAUAUAUUUAUAAACCUAUAUAAGCUCUGUCAACUUUUCAGAAAUGGAUUCAAAUGUUGAAUCAAUGAAAGGUUGAUUCUACCAUGGAAACACUAAACUUUAUUGGAUCUCUCAUUUCACCCUAUUUUAUAAUCCGAUCGUCCUGUAUAAGACCCACAGGAAUUAUCCAGUUCGGUGGUCGUCGGUUUUCGGGGUCGAGCCAAGCCGAUUUACAGGUGGUUAAAAUGAAACUGGCGAGUGGUUAAACAUAGAGUGUAGUUCCUGCGAAGCCCAGCUAAAGAAGUGCAGCCAGUUUAUCGAUUCGGGAACGCUGACUCUACGACCGAAACGGCAUUCAGCGUUAUCGUUUCCAGCUGAGUGUCCCCCUAAAUAACUUAACCUAGAAACUCUCGAUUUUAUUUCUAGAGGAUUAGUUUCACCCUUAAAUUCAACAUUUUUGAAAGAUGUGACUUUUGAAUCGUUUGAUUUGAUUCUAAAUGCAAAAUUCCAGUCCAGAUUACGGAUCGCACGUACAAAUGACCGAGGUCAAUUUUGUCGACAAACCCUGGAAGUGUUCGGACACCAAAAAUGGAUACCUUAAGACCAAAAAUCCUAUCCAAGAAUCUUUACUAGGAUCAUCUCCAGUAUCCACCGUAGUUCAAAUGUCCGGCAGCGGUACCAAAACGAUGGUGAUGCCUCAGAAAAAAUCAUCUAAAGAAAAAUGUCUUUUUGCAUUAGUUUUAGCACUAUUUAUCUUCUGUGGGGUGCUCUUGCUUAUGCUUUUUAGUACUAAAGGACAAGGAUGCCAUGAUUCGAGAGCUAGAGUGUGUCUAACAGAAGAGUGUGUACGAACCGCGUCAUCCCUAUUGUCAGCAAUGGACCAUAUGGCCGAUCCAUGCAUAGACUUUUUUCAAUAUGCCUGCGGGACGUGGAAUAGGAAACACGUCAUCCCUGAGGACCGAAGUUCUAUAAGCACGUUCGAAGUUAUGGCGGACCAACUACAAGUUAUUCUCAAAGGAGUACUUGAAGAACCAUUAACCUUGGAAGAUAAUGAUGCCACUAGAAAAGCUAAAACAUUCUACAAUACUUGCAUGGACAUUUUUCAGAUCCGUAAACUUGGAGAUGAACCACUUCGAACAGUACUCGAUUCGCUUGGAGGUUGGCCUAUUACAAAGCCAAGCUGGUACCCACCUAACAGUUCAGUGGAAGUACUUUUAGGCAAAAUUAGGGGUAUCUACAACGAGGGAUUUUUAGUGGAACAGUGGGUCGGACCGGACGACAAGAACAGCUCAGUAAACAUCAUCCAGAUUGAUCAAAUGGCAUUGGCGCUGCCCAGUAGAGAUUACUAUCUGAAAUCGAGUAGCGAAGGAGAUAGACAGGCUUACCAUAAGUACAUGACCAACAUAGCAGUACUUUUAGGAGCUAAUAAGACAACUGCCUCCGAAGAACUGCAGAGUGUUAUCGAUUUUGAACGACGAUUAGCUAAUGCAUCAUUACCAGAACAAGACAGACAUGACACUAGCAUUAUAUACAGAAAAUUAAAAUUGAAAGAAUUGCAACAGAUAGUGCCUCAGAUCAAUUGGUUAGAAUAUUUCCAGUCAUUUUUGAAUGUUGAAAUAGACGAAGACGAGUCAGUGGUUGCUUAUGGAUUGUCUUACUUUGUGGAGUUGGGAAAAAUUUUGGCAGAAACUGAUAGAAGAAUAAUCCAUAAUUACGUUCUCUGGAGAUUAGUUAUGUCCUUAUCAUCUCAUAUGAUUGACGACUACCAAAAGGAAAGAGUAGAAUUUCGUAAAAUCCUGCAGGGCGUGCUAAGUGAACGGCAUCGAUGGUCACAAUGUGUCGAAUGGACUAACAAGAAAUUGGGCAUGGCCGUUGGAGCUUUGUUUGUUAGAGAUAAUUUUAAUCAUGACAGUAAGGAAACGGCCCUUGAGAUGAUCCAUACAAUAAGGGAAGCGUUUAAUGAACUGCUCGCUGAAAACGACUGGAUGGACGACGAGACGCGGUCCGUAGCAAAAGAAAAAGCGGACGCUAUGAAUGAAAGGAUCGGCUAUCCCAAGCUUAUUACGGAUAAGGAGCAAUUAACCAAAGAAUAUGCUUCGCUAAACGUAACAAAAAGAGACUUUAUGAGAAACAUCUUGCACAUCCUCAAAUUCGACGCCGAACAAAAUUUGCGCAAGCUAAGACAACCGGUGGAUAAAGACAAGUGGUCUACUGAACCAGCGGUGGUGAAUGCUUUUUACAACCCCAACAAGAAUGAUAUUGUAUUUCCAGCAGGAAUUUUGCAGCCACUCUUUUACAGCCAACAUUUUCCCAAGUCCUUGAACUACGGUGGGAUUGGUGUGGUAAUAGGACAUGAAAUAACUCAUGGAUUUGAUGAUAAAGGCAGACAAUUUGACAAAUACGGUAACAUGAUGCAAUGGUGGAACAACGCUACAAUACGCGCUUUUCGGGAACGUACUCAGUGCAUAAUCGAUCAGUAUUCGCGAUACAAAAUUGACGAAGUCGGACUUUAUGUCAAUGGACGUAUGACACAGGGCGAGAAUAUUGCUGAUAAUGGAGGACUUAAGCAAUCAUUCAGGGCCUAUAAGAAAUGGGUUGCCAUACAUGGCGAAGAGGACAAUUUACCGGGUUUGAACCUAACCCACGACCAACUAUUCUUUCUUAAUUACGCCCAAAUUUGGUGUGGUUCGAUGAGACCAGAAGAUGCUCUCACCAAAGUAAGAUCAAGCGUCCAUUCCCCUGGGCCCAUUCGGGUUUUGGGCCCGCUCUCGAACUCCAAAGAUUUCGCAGAAGCGUACAACUGCCCACCGGGUUCCCCCAUGAACCCGACCAAUAAAUGUAGUGUAUGGUAAAUAAAGUAAGGGAAUAAAAAUGGUAUUUAGUCAAAUUUGAAAAUUGUACAUGGAAAUUUAGAAAGGGUGUAUGAUGUGAAAGUAGGAAAACGCAUAGGAAAAAUUCGUUUUUUUAAAAAGGCAGCUUUUUGUGUUAGUUGGUCACACUAAGAAAAUAAAUUCUGAAACUAGAAUUUAGAUAAAUAUUGGAAAUGAUCGACUUUUUAUUUGACAAACAAAUUUGUUUCACUGAAUCUUAAAUACAUAUUGCCAGAUUUAAUUACCACACACUUAAUUUUUCAUAGGUCAGUGUAUACAAAGUUUCGUGUUUAAAAAACAUUGCACACCAGGGUUUCCCUAAAAGAACUAAAAUAGAAUAUUUUGCUAGAAGAUAGAUAUAAAAGGUUGAACUAGAUCUUCCUGAAGGGGGAAAUUUCCCUGAGCUUCAAUUUUUUCACAAAAUAUACAUAUCCAAUUUUGUUUUUCUGGACCAUGUUCCAUUCAUUGAAAAUAAUAAAUAUAAUAAAUUGCAACAAAUAUCACAUAUGGGGCAGUGGCGUAACUUCAAAUUCGGGGCCCCCGCCGCACGGAUUUUCCCGGGGCCCAUCAGAUGUUUGGUAUAUUUUAUUUAUUUUUGUUUUUCUUACCGCGUUUCGCGACGAUUCACCCAAGUGAUAACUUCGUAACGCGUCAUCUAAUAUAAUUGAAAUGUUGAAGAUCUGUGUAACUUUUUGUGCCGGUUCUGCAUGUGUCAUCCUAUUUCUUUAUUUGCUCCAGUUUCGGUUAAGUGACGGCAACUUUAGAAUAUCAAAUGUAAAUGUAACUUAUGGUAUAUAAUGUAUGGCAUUUUUCACAAAAUCGGCAAUGCCAUAUUUGUUAAGGCUUUGUUGGAGAAAAUGAUAGAAAAUUAGAAAGUGGAUUCGCAUUCGAUGACACGUUACAAAGUCACCUGGGUAAAACCUCGUGGGACACCCUGUAUAUGUAUAUGAACAAAUGUAUUAUUGAAUUCUAAUAUAAAUAUAUAGGUAAUAUCUAUAUAAUAUGCAUUUACAUGUAAGGUGUAGUAGAAUGGAACAAAGCUUUUAUUUCCAGUUUUUCAAAAACUCGUUUGAAAAUAAGAAACCAAAAGACAGACAUAAAUCACAUUUUGGGAAUAAAAAAAAAGGGAUCAUGGGGUAAUUACGAGCAUAUGUCUAAUAAAAAUAGUAGAUAAAUAUUACAAAACGAGGAACAUAAAAAACAUUAAUAUGUAUAUUCAAAAAACAAAAAUAGAAAAAUAUAACAUAGCAUUUAGGUAUCUACCCUACCUAUUAAUAUAAAUAAACAAAACAUCACUCGCAUCGUUUAAACACAAAAAUAACAUAGAUAUAUCACUGAACAAGGAAAUAUCAAAAAAAGAAGAAAAACCCCUGUGAAGUAAAAUAAAAGAAAAGCAAAGAGAAAACCAAAACCUAAAAAUCCUUUCUGCGGGCCUUGUGGUUGGCAAAUGCCAUAACUAAUUUGAAUGAGUCCAUAUUUUUUCAAUGGUAGACUAGGUAUGUAUUAUGAGGUUCAUAUGUUAAAGUAUUUUCUUUAAGUUUAGCAUAUUAGUAACUUCUUGUCACCUGGGUCUGGGGCCCCGCGGGCCCCCCAGAAUCACGGGGCCCCCCGCGACUGCGGGCCCUUAGUUACGCCACUGAUAUGGGGUGAAAAAUGAAAAUGCAUGCAUGCAUUUUCAAAAACGGUUUCAAAUAUAAUUUCUUGUGGUGGAGUUGUCUACUGAUCAUUCGCAAAAAACCGUUCCAACGGUUUUUAAAAAUUUGCGAGGGUUUGAAAAAUUUGGCGAUUUCUUUAAAAAGAAUAAUAACAUGUAAGAGAUGUUCAACAGGACUUUUUUUCUGUCAAAUUCUUAGACAAAUAAAGUGUUGACCAUAACCAAGUUCAAGUAAAAAUCUAUCUUUCAAUCUAUCUUUCAAGUUCAAUUUUGCUUGGACAGGGAGCUUCAGCCUAUGUCCUUCUGAUGAGUCCUAACAAUAGGACGAAACGCGUCAAGGACUGGCACGGGAAGCCUGAGUCCACUGCUCAGUGGGUCGAUUCCCAAACAGGGACCGUUGUGUCCCUGAAUUCACGUUGGUCAUUACCUGUCAAAAAAACUUUCUAACAAUUUUCAUUGCCAACGAAAGCUCAGACCAAUCAGUGUAGCUCAACGCCGGUAGGGGUAUUUGCCCUCGGAGUAGUUGUUUCUGACUGGUCAACGAAGUUCAAUUUUGCUUGGACAGGGAGCUUCAGCCUAUGUCCUUCUGAUGAGUCCUAAUAAGGACAAAACGCUUCAAGGAUUGGCACGGGAAGCCUGAGUCCACUGCUCAGUGGGUCGAUUCCCAAACAGGGACUGUUGUGUCCCUGAAUUCACGUUGGUCAUUUACUGUAAAAACUUUCUAACAAAAAUCUAUCUGGUGAAAAAAUAGUAGGCUACGAUUGCUUAAGAAUUUUAAUAUAUUUUAUAAGCUAAUUAAAGUUUCGGAUAUUUUUCGAACCGCGAACUUGGUUUUUAACACUUCAUGUGCGUAGGAUGUUGAAAAAAAAGUCUUGGUGAAAAAUCACAGGUCAGUUAUGGUGAAAAAAAAUAAUAAUUUUAAGGAGAAAUCGCUAUAUUUUUUGAACCUUUGCAGAUUUUUGGACUUUCCAAAACUGUUGAAAUUGUCUUUUGGAAAUAUUCGGUAUAAACAAAUAUUUCAACUUUAUGCAGUGGUUUUGCAUUUCCAUCCUGAAUACAAUAUUUUUUAAAAUCGUUAAUUCUAACCAUCAAUCUUUGAAAAUCUCAAAUCGAUACAAUUUUUUAUUGGCGAGAUACCUAUAGGUAGGUAUACAUAUUCGAUCCCAAAAUGAUUUUUGGAAAAUUGAAUACAUAUCGACUUCAUUUGUCCAGCACUGUACUUAAAGUUUGUUUCAACAAAAAAUUGCGAUCGAGUCAGGAGUUUUGAGUUAUUUAAAACCCCUACAACCUAUAUUGAUAUUUUUUGUGACUGUUGUUAUAACAAAUUGGUUUUUCAUGAAAUGGGCUCUUUCACUGAAAUUCAAAUACUUACCUACGUAAUAUAAGCAUAAAAUCAUGAAUGAGGAACUAUUUUGGCCAGUAUAUUUGCGAAAAAAAAAAAAUCUACGAGCUCAGAUGAGUUUUCUAAUGCCACUUCAAAAGUGGAAAAAUCUUAAAUUUUUAAAACGCGCCAAACGAUGACGUUUAGGGAUAUGAGCAUCUUCUACUAAUCAAAUUUGAGAAGACUCCACACGAAUAGCUGUUCUGGUGGCCACUGGUUUCAAGCUUUGAUUGCACUGUUGCUAGUUGUGUAUAAAUGUAGUGCGUCGUGAGUAAAAAAAAUUAAACUGAUUACAAGAAAUAAAUUUUAAUUGUGUAUAAUAAUAAUUUUAAAAAAAAUGUUAUGAACUCUUUUGAAUCCCUAAGUAAUUAGUUUCUAUGUUUAAAAACGCCUAAACAUAGAAUUUCAAUUUCAAAAAUUAGUGAAAGAGUCCAUUGCUAAACUUAGGAACUUAGGAAUAAACUAUUGAUUGAUAAGAAUAUAAUAUUUCUCUCUUACCGAUACAUAUCUCCUAAACUAUUCCUAUUUGAAAAUAUAAGGAAAUAAUAGUAAAAAAAAAUAAAUAGGUAGGUAUAAAAAAUAUAAGUCAAUAAUAUUAAAUAAAUAUUAUAGCAUUUAUGAUACUGUUGUGUGUUUUUACAUACUUUUUAAACACUAUUACUGUUUUUUGCUUAUUAUUUCACUAUUAUACUGUACAAAUUUUAUAAACAUUUUAACCAAAACUGAUGAUAAAAUGAUAAUAUUAUUAUAUCUAAAUAUUUGUGGGUUUUCACUAUAUGUAUUAAAAUCUAUCUGGUAUUUAUUCACGAUUUGUUAAAUAAAUGUAUCUAUUUGUA